AUGUACCGCGAGUACCAUAUCGUCACAGGCUGCCAGCCCUCCCCAAAACUUUCGCAGCCCGUCGAGGAGCGCUUUUUCACCUCUGGCCGCAUCAUAUUCGACUCAGCACCUGCUGCUCCCAGAGCCUUAACGGCACGUUCAUGCUCCUACCCUAGUAUUGACGGCGCCAUAGCAGAAGUCGUCGCCGGCAAGAGCAAGGGGCUCGUCAGUCUGUCAAGCAGCAAUUCUAGUGUUGGCAAGACGCUAACCGUUAAGGCUACAGCCGAGCUCUUUAUCCGUCCGCUAUACACCGUUUCGGCCGGCGAGCUGAAACCGUCAACGAGCGCCUCGGCACAGUGCUAUAUAUUACCCGGCACUGGCGUUGCGUCUUGCUAA